AUGCACAGUAAAGAUCAAUUCUGCCAUGAGGACUAUCAGAGAACGGCAGACUGGCUGCUGUCCCAGACAAAACACAGACCUAAAGUAGCCAUCAUCUGCGGUUCGGGACUGGGAAUGCUUGCGGAUGCGCUCAAAUGCCAAGACUCGUUCAAAUACUCAGAUAUCCCUGGCUUUACUCAGAGCACAGUAAAGGGUCAUGCUGGAAGGCUGGUUUUUGGAGAGCUCAAAGGGAAGACCUGUGUGUGCAUGCAGGGCCGAUUCCACAUGUAUGAGGGUCACUCGCUAAGCAAGGUCACUUUUCCAGUAAGAGUGUUCAAGCUUCUGGGUGUCGAAACCUUGAUUGUCACUAAUGCAGCAGGAUCAUUAGCGGACAGUUAUAGCUGUGGUGAUAUUAUGAUCAUAUGUGAUCACAUUAACUUCCCUGGGCUUGCUGGACUGAACCCUCUAAAUGGCCCUAAUGAUGAUAAGUUUGGUCCUCGAUUUCCGCCCAUGUCUGGGGUCUAUGACAAAAGCCUACGGAAGAUGGCGUUCGACAUCUGUAAGAGCAUGGGUGUCUGCCAGUAUGUUCAAGAGGGCGUCUACUGCAUGGUGGGAGGACCCAACUUUGAGAGCAUAGCUGAGGCCCGCCUUCUGCACCGACUGGGAGUGGAUGCAGUUGGAAUGAGUACUGCACCGGAAGUGUUGGUUGCCAGUCAUUGUGGCAUGAGAGUCUUUGGUCUCUCCCUCAUCACUAACAAAGUAGUAAAAAGCUAUGAGGAUAUUGAGUCUGUCAAUCAUGAAGCUGUGCUGGAAGUGAGCAAAAUGCGUUCAGAGAUGCUGCAGGCCCUCGUCACAGAGCUCAUCACCCGCAUGGACAUCAACAACAACACGGCAUGAUGUCACCAACACUAUAACUGCCAAUCAAACCUCAUUCAGGAAAGUCUGCAGCUAUACUAUGAUCAUGUUUUUAAUUUCUUUAUUUCAUUGAAUGUUAUUACAGAACAUCUGUUUCAAUAACACUUUUUUUUUUUUAGAUAUUUAAAUGUUUUUACCAUUUGCAGUGAUCACAAAAAUGAUCUUGUUUAAAGGUGCCAUAACAACAAACAUAAAACACUAGGUUAUUCCAUGUUAUUCAUUAAAUUUUUAUCAUUUUUUAGCUGUGAAGGUUGCAUAUGCAUCUGUAUAUUGAUGCUUACAUAGUAUUAAGCACAACUUUAUGU